AUGCGCUGGCGUACAGUGAAGCGGGCGAUUGGGUUGCAGGCCGGUGGGGGCACGGGUGGGUGUGCGGUUGCCUCAAGGCUUCGUGACGUUUUGCCAGCAGGAGCAGUCGGAGUCAUUGAACCUCAUGAGUAUCAUUACUAUCAAGGCGCAUGGACUCUGGUGGGUGCUGGAAUUAUAGACCUGAAGCAAUCUCGAAUCCCCACUCAAGAGGCGAUCCCUAACAACGCUGAAUGGAUUCAAGAAGAGGUUGUCAACUUCGAUCCUCAGAACAAUAAAGUCGCUCUUUCUGGAGGCUUGAGAGUGGAGUUUUGUGAGGUGUCGGUUGCAUUGAGUAAACAACAGACGAGAUUUCGACGCAGAUGUCUUGGUUUGCUGACGUGUGAAUGCGUAAGUUGUGGCCAAAUGACAGUCUAG